AUGAAUUUCGGCGUAGACAAAGAUAGUUCAUUAAUUGAUACAUCAGUUUUACCAAAUGAUAUAUUUACACGUGUGGAUGAUGAUUUUUUUUCUAUUGUUAAAGCAUUAGCCGGUGAUUCAGUAUUCAAUAUUUUACGGAUACAGCUAAUUAAUUCGGCAAGAAAACUGUUAUCUACACCUGAUGUAUUCGCAUUUUUUCAAAUUGAAUCUGAAGAAACAGAUAAAAUAAAAGCUGAAUCUUGUUUUAAAUCUAAAACUGGACAAUAUUUUGUUAAACCCGGUAUUCAAACCAGUUUAUCAUAUUUAAUCAAAUUAUUAAACCAGAAGCUAAAAGAAGAAUUAACACUAAAUGAAAAUAAUGAAACUCGAGAUACAUUUAUAUCUAACGAGUUUAUUGACAAGCAUCCGCUUUUAAAAUCUUUAAUUAGAUGGUAUCAACAAAAUGACUCGGAAAACAACAACAAAGCAAAUAGGUUUUUAAUGAUGUUCAUCGAUAAUGUGGUAUUCAAUCUUACACAAUCUUCAAAUAAUUUUAGAUACACUGAAUCAAUUAAAAAAUUUGCCAUAUGCUUAUAUAUUUUCGGUGGUAAACAAUGCUAUGAGUUCGUUCGUUUAAAUAUGCCUGGUAGUAUACCGCAUUUGUCAACACUUGGUGAUUUAAUUAAUAAAUCGAAUAUGACUUUAACUGAAACAGAAUUUAAAUUUGACUCACUUCAAAAGUUUCAAUCAGGUUUUGGAUUUUGUUCUGAAGAUACUACUGGUGUCAUUCCUAAAGUUGAAUACGAUUCGUCGACAAACUCAUUUAUUGGAUUUACAACACGAAUUGUUGAUGGUAUUCCAUUGAUGAAACAUUAUCAAGCUGAUACAUUUGAUGAUUUUUAA